ACAGUGCGUUUGAAGGAUUGUUGUUUACUGGACGACUAUGCAAAGAGACAUUAUUAUGUGCAUUUCAAAAUAAGAUUUGAUAUUGUCUCAUUCCAUCUUUAAACGAGGGAAAAAUACAAUUGCAUAAUAAUGAUAGUGCUACUGAAUAAUAUUUGGAUAUUUAUUGUCAUAUUCCAAAUACGAACAAACCAAAUCUCUGCAGAUGAACUCGAUCAGAACCAACUUGAUACACUUGCUGAAACCCUUAAAAUAGAAAUCAGGGUCAUUGACAACCUUCGAAGGGAAGCAACUAAUCACAUUGUCAGGACUACUCUCCGAAAUGAUGGCCUUGAGCCAAUUCCAUCAUCUGGCUGGAGGCUUUAUUUCCACAGCAUGCUCCUUUUAUACCCGGAUGUUUUUCCAAACAAUAUGACAAAAGAGCUUGACGUGGAACAAAUUCGGGUGGGCAUGGUACAAGGCGACCUUUAUUACAUUGAGCCCAUGAGCGGCUUCAAGCCUUUGCCCGCAAGGUCCGCCAGGAAUUACAACAUCGUCGUCAGUCUGUGGGCGGUGCAGCGGACGGAUUUCAUGCCUCUUUGGUAUGUCACGUCGGCUGAUAAAAGUGUUCAGCCACGCAUUGUGCAAUCCACGUCGUCAUUCGACCUCGAUUACGUCACUGAUUUUGAUGACGUCAGACAGUGGAAGCGUUGGCGUGGAGAUCGCUAUAAUCCGUUCACCCCACAGGAGCGGGCAGAACAACUGGCGUACGACUAUACUAAUAGUGAAUACAAGGUAAUUAUCCCAACACCGAUGUCACUCCAGAUAGACCGUCAAAAGCCCCGGGUUUCAUUCAAUUCAAACUGGAAGGUGUUUGCAGAAGACAGCAUCUUUUACAACACGACUGUGUACAUAACAGAAGAACUCCAAAUUCAGCAUGUCGUCUCAAAGCCCAACGCUUCCGUCAUAAUACUGAGUCAUAAUACCACCAUUGAGCCUGAAGGGUAUACUUUAAACGUCGACGUGAACGUCAUUCGUUUAGAAGCAAGUGACACAGCGGGAAUGUUCUACGCCGUACAGUCUCUCCGAAGCAUAAUGUACCAUGGAGAUAUCCCAGCCAUGAACGUCCAAGACGCGCCGCGGUACCGCUGGAGAGGAAUGCAUUUUGACGUCGCUCGAAACUUUCACACGCUCGCUGACGUCAAGCGUCUAAUUGACGUCAUGGCGAUGUACAAGAUGAACGUGCUGCAUCUCCACCUCACGGAUGACGAGGGAUGGAGAUUAGAGAUCGACGGACUGCCGGAACUCACCGAGGUCGGCGGCAAGAGAUGUCAUGACCCGCAGGAAAAUGACUGCAUUAUUCCGCAAUUCGGGUCCGGGCCAUUCGCUAACUCCUCCGGAAGUGGAUUUUUCACCAAAUCGCAAUAUCGGGAAAUACUUUCUUACGCGACGAAAAAUCACAUAAAGGUAUAUCCAGAGUUCGACAUGCCAGCGCACUCUCACGCCGCGGUCGCUUCGAUGGAAAGUCGGUUCAGGAAAACGAAGUCCUCCGAGUAUCGCCUUGUUGAUCAAGAAGACAGUUCUACAUACCUGUCCGUGCAAAAUUGGAAGGACAAUGUCCUUAACCCCUGCAUCAAUUCCACAUACGCAUUCAUUGGCAAGGUUAUGAAUGAAGUCAAAGCCCUUCACGCGAACAUUCAGCCCCUGGCGAUCUUCCAUUUCGGUGGAGACGAAGUGGCCAAAGGGGCCUGGGAGAAGUCACCAAGAUGCAAGAAGUUCUUGCGGACCUUUCCGCGGUAUAACGUCUCCCAAGGUCUGAAAAAGUACUUCGUCGAGCGCGUUGUUUAUCUUGCGGCCGAGCGGGGCAUGUCGCUCGGUGGCUGGGAGGACGGCUAUUUUAACGGCUCGGCGCCAAUUCCGGCCGGCGACCUUUCGGGGGCAUACCUGUAUGUUAACCCCUGGAACAACAUUUGGGAGUGGGGAAGCGGCAGUAACGCCUAUAAGUUAGCCAACGCCGGAUAUAAGGUCAUCAUGACCCAGGCGACAAAUCUCUACUUCGACCAUCCACAGGAGCCCGACCCGGAAGAGCGGGGGCUCUACUGGGCCACACGCUUUACCGACACACGCAAGGUGUUCGACUUCCGGCCAGACGAACUUUACGACAACAUCCGGGAAGACCGCAGCGGGAACCCGCAGAGCAAGCACGACGUGUGUGGAGAUGACAUGUCAAAGUGCACGCGUUUGGAGAAACCGGAAAACGUGAUCGGUAUACAAGGCGCAUUGUGGAGCGAAACGAUACGUACGAGCGAAAACAUGGACUACAUGCUCUUCCCGCGCCUUCUAGCGCUCGCGGAACGCGCGUGGCACAAAGCGUCAUUCGAGCAGACGGGCGCAUCGUCGCAAAGUGAUUGGCUUUCUUUCGCAAAAGCGCUUGGAACAAAGGAGUUUUUACGACUUGAAGGAAAUGGUGUUCAAUAUCGUAUUCCUCCGCCUGGAGCAAGGGUUUUGUCUGACGAAGUCACAGUGACCACAAAAUACCCCGGGCUUGGUGCCCAGUACAGCUCGGAUAACGGAUCUACCUGGCAGGAUAUCGGCACUUAUCAACCAACCAACGUUACAUGGAACGACGCAGGAGCAAUUCUCCUGCGAGCUACCAAUGCAUAUGGUACCCGAUACAGCCGUUCCAUUAAACUAUCACAAGGUCCAGUCAAGAAGUGGUCAGACCAAAAGGACGUAGAUUACAUAGCGGCCAAUCUGACCGUGUUUGUGGAAGUUGUGGACAACCUCGAUAAAGAUGCCAAGUAUUUCAUGACAAUGUCUGUCCGCUUCGGAAACAUUGGUGCACAUAAUAUAACGGCGGGGUCGUGGAAAAUCUACUUUUAUACUUUGUAUGGCGCAAAACCGGGCGAGAAACUGACGUGUGGGAUGACGGUCGGGCACGUGAACGGAAUACUGUACUACUUCGAACCGACGUCAGGCGACGCGUUUCCAGGAAUACCGAGCAACGGAACGCUGCGAUGCGUCUACAAGAACUGGCGCUGGAUCGUCAGUCGCACAGACAAUAUGCCCAACUGGUACGUGGCGGCCGACGGCAUGAAGGCGCAGAAGUUGGCGUCCACCGUGGAUGAGGCACUAACAUACGUGGGUCCGUUCGACGCCCCGCAGAAGUGGAAGCGGGCCAAGGAGGAUAAAUACGACCCGUACACGCCCGCUGUCAGGUACGAUGUCCUGGAUCGAGGACCCUCGCAAAAGCGACCCUUCAAGAUCAUACCGACGCCGGUUGAGUCCACGAUAGACGCGGGCAAAACGAUGAAGUUCGAUCCUUUAACAUGGGUAGUUGUGCCGUCUUCAGAAUUUCAAUUUGAGAGCAUAUUCCUACAAGAGUCGCAGAAUAUUUCCGGGUAUUCCGAAACCGCUCCCUCUGGGCACAUCAAGUUUGUUCAACAGAAGGUCGACAGGGGCGCGGAUGCGGAGAGUUACGAGCUGGAUAUCAAACCGGAAUCAAGGGAGGUGGUCAUCAAGGCAUCGACAGGCACCGGUGCGCUCCACGGCGCCCAAACUCUGAUUUCUCUUUUGCAGAACAACGGCGGAACACUUCCUCGAGCUACCGUAAAAGAUUAUCCGAGGUACAGUUACCGCGGCGUGAUGUUGGACGUGGCUCGAAACUUCAAGCCGUUACCGUGGAUACUGAAAUUCCUGGACGUGAUGUCCAUGUACAAGCUGAAUAAACUGCACCUGCAUCUGUCAGAUGACGAGGCGUGGAGAGUUGAGAUAGAGGGCAUACCGGAACUCACUCAGGUCGGUGCCAAGCGCUGUCACAGCGAAUACAGGGACGAUUGUGUAAUCCCGCAGCUGGGUUCCGGUCCGGAUACAGACACUUACGGCACUGGCUACUACAACAAGACCGAGUACCAAACCAUCCUGCAGUACGCCAAUGAGCGUCAUAUUGAAAUCAUACCGGAAAUAGAUAUGCCCGCCCAUUCUGCCGCUGCCAUUUUUACCAUGGAAACGCGCGAGGACGAAAUUGAACACAUGCGUUCCCAUGGUAACGAAAACUUGCCGGAGUCGUGGCUUUUGUUCGACCACAAGAGCGCCAAAAACGUGCUCAGCGUACAAAGGUGGAAAAAGAACGCGAUGAACCCGUGUAUGAAUUCUACCUACAGAUUCGUAGAGAAGGUGAUAGACGGACUGAUAGCUCUGCACAAGGACUUCCAGCCCCUGAGCAAGUUUCAUAUGGGUGGGGACGAGGUUGCCCAUGGGGUCUGGAACGGAUCUGAGGAAUGUCGAAACAACCCAAACAUACCUAAAUCCAUCCUGUCCGAUACUGGGCAGCUUCAGCGCGUGUUCAUGCGGAGAGUUUCGGACAUCGUCGCCCAAAAGAAUCUCGAUCUGGCCGUCUGGGAGGACGGCGUGUAUGCAGACGACAAACCGAACCCUAUCGCGGACUACAAAUCCAAAAAUGUGUUCGUCUAUCCGUGGAAUAACAGAUGGGGUACCAAUUUCGCCAUUCGAACGGCGGAAUUCGCAGAUGCCGGGUAUAAGGUAAUCUUACCCCUGGCCACGCACCUGUACUUCGAUCAGCCGCAGGAGCCAGAUCCGGAAUCCCGCGGGCUCUACUGGGCCACGCGCUUCACAGACACACGGAAGGUGUUCGGUCUAAUGCCGGACGACAUCUUUGCUAACCUGGGACCGGACCGGAUGGGGAACCCCGUUACCCUGGAAAAGAUCUGUGGUUCCAACACGUGCCCGCAACCAAAAAAGACCGAGAAUAUUAUUGGUAUGCAGGCGUGCAUGUGGGCGGAGGUGAUGCGCACGGAAGGUCAGUUCCACGAGAUGGCGUUUCCGCGCGUUCUCGCCCUGGCGGAACGCGCCUGGCACCGGGCCGACUGGGAGACGAUGAUGUCACCGCCACGUGACGCAGCGCGCGACAAAGAGUGGGAGGUUUUUGCGGACGCUCUCGGUUACGCGGAGCUACCCAGGCUCGAGCAGAAGGGCGUAAUGUACCUGGUUGAACCACCAGGAGCGAAGAUCGAGAGUGACGGUACACUAAAGGCGAACGCGCGCUACCCGGGUCACGUGAUCGAAGUCAUGGACGAGAAAAGUCAAAAGUGGGUGGAGUUCAAAGAGCGGAAGCUGGCCCACGGUCAAUAUACGUUCCACUUCCGGGUCAGGACCCCAGGGGACGGGCGCGUUUCUCGCACAGUGGAGCUGAAAGCAACGAUUAAAGCGCCCGGCAGUUCCGCGCAAGAAAUCCGCAGUUCCAAAUUCCCGAUGUUAUUUGUGUGUCUGUGGUGUAUGUCGCGUGCUCUCGUCUAACGGCAACUUUGUGUGGGUUUGAGUGUGUCGUGGAAGUAACUGCUCAAAUGAUAUCGCCCAUUGCAUGGUAGUCCAUUGAAAAUAAGUGCAUAUAUCCAGGAAAGAAGUGAUCAGUCUUCCAAUCCGGAAAUUAUCUAAACUAUUUUAAUACAAAGUACGACUAAAUGUCAUACCAAUUAUCUGACAAUUAUUGUAUUAUUGUUACAGUGUUUAAUUUUUAAACUUUAAAUUAACUUUUUUUAAUGCCAUGUGUAUGUGAUUUCUUUUUAUUAACCGCACGUUUCGUUUUCAUAUACAUUUAGAAUAUGUACACAUGCACUCGUAUAAUGCGUUUUCUAUUAAGUGAUCGUGUGUUUUUAUCCUCUUGAUGUAUUAUUCUCCUGGGUUAUCCUCGAUGGUCUGUUAUGGUCCACCGUAAGUGCGGAUGUUGCUUUAAGGAUCAUUCUCAUUAUCUUAGUUUAAAAACAACAUGCUAGUCCCGGAAAGAGAUCCAAGACAAUUUAUUGCGAGACGCAGAUGAUCGUGAAUCUACGCAGAUGAUCGUGAAUCUAGGUGAAUCUUCGUGAAUCUUGUGACAUUGUGAUUAGCCUUGACCUUACGGAAAAAAUAUUUAGCCAGCUAACAAACUGGACAUUUAUUUCAGUUUAAAGCAUCAACAAAAUUUCUUUGAAACUCUAUGAGGCUGAUUUGUGUUCGUGUUAUUAUGUAUUUAUAGUGAUAUUACCAUGGAGGUAAAAAAGAACAUGCUUCACUU